AUGUCUUCCUUUGCCUUCCGUCGUGCGUCUAAGCGCGUAGCGCUCAUUAGCGCAGGCGUUGUUAGCGUAUCUGGAUUCGCAGGAUCCUCCAUUGUGUCGGCCAAAGAGCCACAUCGGCUCGUAGCGCCAAUAAAAUGCGAUGAUGGUUCGACCAUCAUUCCGUACGAAACACCAUCACGUGCUGUGCAACUUCAGCGCCUCAAACAAGAGCAUUUUGACGUACUUGUAAUCGGUGGUGGUGCCACAGGAUCUGGCUGUGCAUUGGACGCGGCAACACGCGGUCUAAAUACGGCAGUUGUCGAAGCUCAUGACUUUGCUGCAGGUACGUCUGGUCGCUCGACGAAGCUCAUUCAUGGCGGAAUCCGAUACCUUGAAACAGCUUUCAUGAAGCUUGAUUACGCAGCUUAUAAGCUGGUCAACGAAGCUCUUGAAGAGCGCUCAUUUUUCCUCUCAGCUGCUCCGUAUAUGAAUCGUCCUCUACCGAUCAUGAUUCCUAUCUAUAAGUGGUGGGAAGUGCCAUACAUGUGGGUUGGAGCUAAAGCCUACGACAUUGUGGCUGGAAGUAAGCGCUUUGUGCCCAGUAGCUACUACAUCAACGCUGAAGAGGCCAUGUUUCAGUUCCCCAUGCUUCGUAAAGAAGGUCUUAAAGGAGCUAUUGUGUAUUACGAUGGCCAGAUGAAUGACACACGCAUGAACGUAUCUAUUGCGCUCACUGCUACGCAAAAUGGCGCUACAGUUGCGAACUACGUUGAAGUAAUGCAUCUUUUGAAGGAUGAAGAAGGAAAAGUGCGUGGCGCUCAUGUGAAGGACACUUUAACCGGGGAAGAAUGGAAUAUAAAGGCUCAUGCUGUCGUAAACGCCACAGGUCCAUUCACAGACACGAUUCGACAAAUGGAUGAUCCCAAAAAAGACAAGAUUUGUGUACCUGCUGCAGGCGUACACGCCGUGCUACCUGAUCACUUUAGUCCAACUCGAAUGGGAUUAAUCGUACCCAAGACAAGUGACGGCCGUGUCUUAUUUUUCUUACCUUGGGAGAAUGGAACACUAGCUGGUACGACCGACUCGCAGUCGGAGAUUACAAUGCUGCCUUCUCCCACUAAGGAAGAAGUGGACUUUAUAAUCGAUGAAGCUAAUCGGUAUCUUGCCAAGAGCGUGACUCGCAACGAUGUCAAGUCGGCCUGGUCAGGUAUUCGUCCGUUGGUUAAGGAUCCACGUCAUUCGGAUGGGUCGACGUCUAAGAUUUCUCGCGAACACAUUGUCGAGGUGUCGGAGUCUAACAUGGUGACGAUUGCUGGGGGUAAGUGGACAACAUAUCGUCGCAUGGCUCAAGACGCUAUUGAUAAGCUUAUCGAGACGGUUCCGGAGAUCAGUUCCAAGGCUUUACCUUGCAAGACAAAGGACGUGGGGCUCAUUGGAGCGGACCGAAUUGGUGAAGUGUGCAACAAGAAGUUUGACAAGAUAACUGUCACUUUGCGUGAGAGCUACAACUUGGAUAAGGAUGUGGCCGAGCACUUGAUGCGUAAUUACGGCACGCGUGCGUUGCAAGUCGCGGAGAUUGAACAAAAAGGCUUUUUGGACCGCAAACACAGCGACCACCCGCGUCGUCUCCAUCCAAAGUAUCCGUACUUAGAGGCGGAAGUGGUGUUUGCUGUCCGACAAGAAUAUGCUCAAAAAGCGACUGACAUUCUAGGACGUCGGAUGCGUCUGGCUUUUAUUGACAGCAGUGUGAGCACGGAGAUGAUGCCACGUGUGGUGUACAUGAUGGGAGAGCUACUUGGAUGGUCAAAGGCACGUCGCGAGCAGGAGAUGGCGGAGUGCAAGGAGUACUUGGCGACUAUGCACAAUUAG